UACGUGCAGAUGACGCUUGUUGAUUAUGGGGUUUUGGUUUUUUGGAGGCAGCGGACUUUAGGCAGAAACAAUCUUUACUGGUCAGGAUACGCUGUAAAAAGAGCCUGCAAGAGGAACAAGAUUCAACCAUAUUUAAGAUUAACAUUUUCUUAUCUGUGUUCAUUGCUUCAGUUUCGCCAGCACAAUGUUUUCGGUGUUUCAAAAAGCCUUGCUGAUGGUUCUGGUGUGUGCGUGUGCAGACUCAACUGUGAUGAAUGAGGAAACACCUCCAAUAAUAGUUCAUAUGUUCGGAGCAGUGGAGAUUAAAGAGGAAAUUACUCAUUAUGAAAGUACAAAAAGGCCUAAUGAAAACAGCAACAGCAGUAUGUUGAUGCAUAAUGAAACUAACAUAAACGGAACGGGGUUGCUGAAUGUAACCAGCAUCAAGAGGGUGAAAAUCUCAGAAGAAGCCCUGUUGUUUCUCACAGGCUCUGUGUCCACCAUCCUCAUCCCUUCCUUCUACACACUGAUCUGCCUCAUCAGCUUGCCGAUCAACAUCUGUGCAGUGGUGGCCUUCAAUCUGAAGAUCAAACCCAAGAAGCCGGCGGCCAUCUACAUGUUGAAUCUGGCCUGUGCCGAUCUGCUCUUUGCUGUGCUGCUCCCCUUCAAGAUCUCCUACCACUUUGGAGGCAACAACUGGAUAUUCGGCUCGCUCAUGUGCCGUGUGGUCACUGCAGCCUUCUACUGGAACAUGUACUGCUCUGUUCUGCUGAUAACUUGCAUCAGUGUGGACCGUCUCCUUGCUGUAGUCUAUCCUAUUGACUCUCUGCCUUGGAGGACGCCAGGGAACACAAUCAUGGCCUGUGUCGCCAUGUGGAUAUUAUCCUUCGCUGGCACUGUGCCCCUUGUUCUCCACGACCAGACUUUUCUCCUCAGUCAGCUGAACAUCACCACCUGCCACGACGUCCAGUCUGUGCACGAGAUGAUCUUGUACUACAAGAUCUUCUUCAUCGCCCUGUGCUGCGUCUUCUUCUUCCUGCCUCUGCUCAUCACAGUGGGGUCCUACACUCAUGUGAUCUGGGCACUGACCAAAGUCCCACGCGGCGUUCUAGGACGUUCGAGCAGGAGAACAAGAGCAGUGGUGAUGGCUGGAACAGUGCUGGUGAUAUUUGUGCUGUGUUUCACACCCACAAACUGUCUACUGAUGGCACACUAUCUGCAAUUUAACAGAGGUGCUGAGGCGAUCCAAGAGAGCACUGAUGGCUACUACACAGCCUAUCUCGUGUUAAUGUGUUUAGGAAGUCUGAACUGCCUCCUGGAUCCCCUGGUGUACUACUUUGGCUCAUCCCAGUGCCAGAAACAACUUUCCAGCACACUGAGGUGUGAGAAGAUUUUGGAGGGCUGUAGUGGACAUUCCUUUUCUAGCCACAGUAGUCGCUGAACUAGGAUGAGAACAACCUGAUCCUGUGCCCUGCAGGUUGACCUCCACCCAGUCUUCAUACCAUUAAAAACUCAAUUUUGGAGACAAAACAAAAACCAGGGUUUCUUCCAAACCAAAUGCUUUCAAUCAGAUCAAAAAGAUAUACUAUAUGACCAACACUGCAGAAAAAUUGGAUUGAACUGUCUGGUCGACAGUGGUCAACAAGUAAUGACGCCCUGAACCCAUGCUCAAUUCAUAUAAUGUAAGAUAUAUCAUGUUAUGAUAGUGGAUUACACUGUUGUAAUGAUUUUGUUAUAACGUACAUUUGUGUAAUACACCUUCUGUUUGACACACAUUUAUAUAAUAUUUUACAGAAUAUAACUUCACCAUAUAUAAGUAGAGCUACAUGAUUUGGCACAAAUUACUGAGCAUUUUUCUUUAACACGCUUCUCUUAAACUUGAAAAUUCAUUAUAAACUUGUAAAAAAGUAUCAGUAACCUGAACACGGGACUCUCCCAUAGGAGUGAGGUCUGCUUAAAGAAAAGAUCUGAUCUGGCCUGAUUUAUGAGAAUGAAAAGUAAAGUAAAUUGUACACAUUGGUUAGGUCCUUGCUGCCUCCUAUUGGUGAUAAAUGUGCUAUACUGAAUGUGCUCUAUUAAAGCUGUAAUUUGACACCAUUUUUGGAAACUCUGAAUUUUAUGACAACACACACACAGAUACAUUGUUGUUGUGCGGAUGUGAGAGUCUUGUGAGGCUGUAAAGGAAUUACUGAGGAAAAAGUUGACUCAUUUAUUUUUAAUUCAUUUGUUUUACUAUGGAAAUCGUGUUCACAGUUUACAGGCGUGUAAAAGCAAUAAGAUGAAAAUCAACAUCAAACUGCUGUAAAUAACCACUUUUAAAAAACCUCGAGCUUUAAACAUUAAACUUACGCCACUGGAUUUAAUGCUACUAAAAUGAUGUCCCCUGAUAACUGACACUUAAAUGAGAUAUUAUCAAUUAUUAUCUGAUAUUUCAUCAAGAUUCAGGGCUUCGUCUUCGUCCGUCAUCAAGUACAGAUAACUGUGGCAGAUUGAGGUUUUUUAUUAUUGACAUUAUUAUUCAUGUAAAGACUUUGAUUACAUAAUUCAAUAAUCAAACA